AUGUCUCUUUCCAAACGACAAAAGCUCGCACCCAGAGAGGAUGGCUUGGAUGACGAGACGAACUCUCUCCACUCCGUCGACGAAGACCCAUCAGGAUCCGGUAGCUCAUCCGGGAGCGACGCCUUAUCCUCUCCUGAUGCAGAGGAUGAGAUCUCGGAGGUCAAGCGGGCCAAAUCGAAGAAGACAUUGAAGCGCAAACGUCGCGCUACCGAUGCUACACACUUUGGCGCAACACUACAGUCUCUACUGAAUACGAAGGCUCCUUCUGCACUACCAUUGUCACUGAAGCCAUCGGUAGCAAGAAAACGUAACGACGAGAAGCUUGAAGUGAAGGGCAAGAGAAUACUGCAAGUUGAGAAGAAGGAGAAGGAGGACAAAGGCAGAGUGAAAGAUGUCAUUGGUGGAUGGGGGGGAGAAAGCGAAAGGGCUCUGCGAAAGGUCGCGCAACGAGGAGUGGUUAAGCUGUUCAAUGUCAUUCAGCAGUCGCAAGCAGCAAACGCUACAGCGGCUGAAGAAUUGAAAACUCAUAGAGGGUCUGGCAAGCCUACAUUGCCGGCCCCAAAAAUCGAGUCCAAAGCGAAGGGGGAAAAGACCAGAAAACAUGACAGCAGUCAUAAAAGCGAAAGCAAGGGUCAAGCGUUGGCAGGGGAAGACUUCUUUGACAUCAUCAGGUCCGGAGGGGUUGUCUCGAAAGCAUGA